CAUUGAAGCAAGCAUUCCUACGCUUGCACCCUCUGGCAUGAAUUUGUCAGUAUAGUGAGAACUUCAUCACAGAUAAGGCUGGCUGGCCAUGAUGACCAACAACCUCGCCUCACACCCCACCAAGCAGGCCAGCUGAGGACUCUCUCAACUGUCAGAGCAGAAGAAAGCACUCCGACCACCUGAUAGUGUUUGAGACACGGCUCCAGGUAUCCUGCCUAAUCCUCCUCUCUCUCUCUGACACAUCACUGCCUCAUGACCUGAGGGCCACAAACAUCUGUUACAACCUGACAACUGAAACAGCCAACCACAGAAGACCACUAGAAGAGAGCCUACAUAUUAAACUCAUCCACAACCAGAGGAGCUUGGGACUUGAGCUUCUGCCCAUCUGCAUUGUGACUCACUGUGGAACUCUUCGGCACCUGUACAAGAAGUCCAUUGACAGACGUGAAGACAGAUAUCCAGAGUGACAGUCUACCAGCUCAAACACCAUCAGCAGCCUGCUCCUCUGACCAGUACUGCUGAAGCUAUGGGGAGUCCAGGCUGUGACCGCGUGGGGAGCACAGUGCCCCUUCCCCUGAUGAGUUUCAAUGACUACCCCUACAGUGUGUCUGGUCUGAGGGCCUGGGAGGAGGAGGACACCAAGCCGCCCCGUGGACUGAUAAGUGUGCCUAAACACACCACUCUUGAACGCAGCCUGCAAGGGGUGUUCCUGCCCUGCUCUGACAUGCUACUCACUGAAGACAGCUUGUGGCUGUUGAAGAAGAAAGAGGCAGCACCCCCUGAGCCCCCCUGUAAGCCCUUGGAGCAGUGCCCUGUCAUCGACAGCCAGGGCCUGGGGUUGGGCCUGGGAUUGGAGGUCCCCUCUGGGCUAGAGGGACAGGUGGAGGAACGCUGUCUGGAGCAGGUUCAGAGCAUUGUGUUGGGAGAAGUAAUGAAGGACAUAGAGACCGCCUGCAAGCUGCUCAACAUUACCCCAGAACCCAUGGAGUGGAACUGUGGGAACGUCCAGAAGUGGCUGCUGUGGACAGAGCACCUGUACAGACUACCCCAGGUGGGAAAGGUGUUCCAGGAGCUCAGUGGGAAGGACCUGUGCUCCAUGACAGAGGAGGACUUCAGGCAGCGCUCAAUGCAAUGUGGAGACCUGCUGUUUGCUCACCUGGACAUCUGGAGAUCAGCUGCGUGCAUGAAGGAGUGCUGCACACCAGGAGAUACCAAGUUACAUAGUGCUGAGGAGACGUGUCCAGAGGCCGACUCAUCCUGCUCAAGCCAGCCCAUUCACCUGUGGCAGUUCCUUAGACAGCUGCUCCUCAAGCCACACAACUAUGGACGCUGCAUCCGAUGGCUCAACAAGGAGAAAGGUAUCUUCAAAAUCGAAAACUCGGCUUAUGUAGCCAGGUUAUGGGGCCUCAGGAAGAACCGUCCAGCUAUGAACUACGACAAGCUGAGUCGCUCUAUCCGGCAGUACUACAAGAAGGGCAUCAUCCGCAAGCCUGAUGUGUCCCAGAGACUGGUCUAUCAGUUUGUCCACCCUGUAUGAAGCUGUUGAGCAGCCAGCUAGAAGAGGAGAACACGAGUGGUGAUGACUGGUGACAACUAACUGAAAAGAAGCCUCUAGCUGCUGUUUUAGCUCCAGCAUUAACAAUGCACUGCAUAGACUGCCUCCUGCAUUGUGCACUCCUGCCUAAUUUCAAUAUUCUUAUGUGUAACCUGAUUGCAUAUGGGAAUUUAUUGUCACAUUGCAUUAGAUAUGCAAUGUUUUACAUUUCCAAUAUUGUUGAAAUAAUUUUAAUAUUAAUUGUCCAAUAUUUCAUUUUCACAAAUAUCAAUUCCAUGUUUGUAUACUUUUUCUCUUAAUCACCAGUAUAUCAGCUACUAUUUAUUUCUUCAUUUGUAAUGGUUGCUCUUUUUAGUGCCAUUUACAUUUCAACAUGUCCCUCCUUACAAUCCAUAGCACUUACAAAUGUUACAUUUUACAUAAUUAGUUCUCUGAAGCUUGUUUUGGAAACUACAGUGGACUAAGCUAUGGUGAGUAUAUAAUGUACUAUAGAAUGGAUUGAAUAUGUUCACUGCCGAUCUCUAGUAGCAGUCCGAUGUUAAGGCCACUUCAUAGGUCACAGUCACAGCUGUUUACCCCAUACAGUAGGGCCAAUUAUGAUCCUGAUGUUGAUUUGUAAUAUCACAGAUCUCAUUGAAUUGAAAUGAUUUGACUCCGGUGCCCAUUCCCUGGCGGAAGAAUACAGUCUAAUAGGAAUUAGUGAAUACAGUGAACUACUGUAAUAUAAGCAUUUCAAUACCAUUGACACAUUUCAAGUGCUAGGAACUGUAUGUAGAGUCGAACACCUGUGUCAGAGAUUUAGUGAUUGGAUACAUACAAAUGUUGGAAUAUAAUAUUGAAUAUUUAUAAUGACAAUGUGUAAGAAUGUGUUUAAAUACUGAAUGUGUUUAAAACAAAGCAGCCUUUUUUUCAUCAAGCACCCUAAGACUACAAUCAUAGCAUAUCAUAACCCAUAAUGCACAGUCAAAAUCAUUCCAAAAAACACACACAGGACACAAAACAUUUUGUUUGUAUUCUCAACAAACUUGUUUUCCCCUUUCAAACCAAUAUUGUAAUAUUGACACCAUCACAACAACUUUGAUUCAGAAUAUCAUCCUUAUUAUCAUAAUCAUAAUGAUCUUUAUGCAUAUUUAAAUUAACCUUGUGUUACAUUAAGAUGAACAGGCACUACACCAGUUAGGAGAUCAAAUUACAUCACUAACUAUAAACAUACACACGUCUGCCAAUACAGGGGUUUCACAACAUGAGCCCUGUCCCACUUGUGUGCAUAAGGAAGAGAAAAAUCAACAUUAAAAAAGCAUUUACAUAUACACCGUUUUUACUGCCUCAAUGUAGUUAGGUUUAAUUUCCAACUCAACACAGUUGUACAGUUACAAUAGAAUAAAAUCCUUAAAUUACAUCAUCAUAUACAAAUCUGACAGCGUGGGGUAACAUCACGCUCUUAUAUGGUACAUUGACAAUUCCAUUGCGAUGCAAUUCAUACGAUAUGGUACCUAUUACUUAAUAUGCUUUCCAUUGCUGUUAUUUUGUUGUAACACAUUUGCAUGUAUGAUACUACAUUUUGUCUUAGUAUUUGAUCACUUGCAUUUUUUUAUUAUUAUUUUAUUUACAAUUACACAACUCAUACACGCUGAAUGAUAAAGAUUUUUGUUUUCCAAAAAAUA